AUGUCUUCCACAAAAUGUCUUGUCUCAUGUCAAAAAAUAUUAUCAGUUAAAUCGACAGACAAAUAUACAUACAUAAAUACGUAUGUGUGUAUAAAGGCGUGCCUUCGUGCGGCUGCCAUGUUCGCGGUGCCGGGUGACAGUGCGCUAAAACAAAGCAAAUCAUCUCGAGCUGGCAUACAGUUGUCAGUGGGAAGAUUCCAUCGAUGGAUGACUGACUCCAGGUUAGGAAAAUUCAUCCACGAAUACGCCGCUGUGUACCUUUGUGCAGGCAUGGAAAAUCUCCUGGAGGAAAUACUACUUCAAUGUUUUCCCGCCGACUCAAGCCAACAGUUGACAGCUGCCGCUCUGGAACAUGCAAUAUCGCUAUCUGGUGAUAUGUGGGGUCUUCUGCAGCCCUUUGCACACCUCAACGCAGGACGAAUAGCUUCGGGAGCGUUGACUAUGCCGCGAUGGGCAAGUCAGACAUCAUUGGGCUCGGGCACACAUAGGAGUGGUUCCUCGAGUGGGAGCAGUAAUGUUGCAAUGGAAUGUUUGUUAACAACCUGCGUUGGCAGCAUUUCGGAACUGAAGGAUCUGGCCCAAAGAGCACAGCAGAAAUUCCAACAAUGUGCCAUCUCCAGUGCUGCCCUUUCAGCGCUUUUCUACUUUAUGAGAUGUUCCCAGCUGGAGCACAGUGAAUUCUCCGGACAGCCAUUGGCCGGAGCGGCCAAUAGCAACAACAGCAAUGCGAACAGCACCCAGAACAUUCAGGAAUUGUGUUACGAGCGAGCGUAUGUGGUGUUGCCGCCAUUGGUCGAAUGGCUUCGAGUCGCCUCCGCACAUGCCGAAUAUAGGAAUUCCGCAAUGAUCGACAAAGACGAUAUAAUGCAAGCGGCAAGACUCCUUCUGCCGGGCGUAGAUUGUCCGAUGCGGCCAGUGUGCAGCGACGAAGAAUUGACCACCAAGAAGUCCCACUUCCCCCAUUUGGCAAACGCCGCCGCAUUGCCUUCAAACGGAAGUGAAGAUUCCACGGAUCUGGGCAAGCGUGCCACCAUUGCCCUGGCCUUCAAACUAAUGUUGACCGGAAGGGCUGAACUUCUAGCCCAGGCCUCGAACUUGUUACCUGUCACGACACGCUAUGAUACCCUCAAUCACGCAGGGAUGACAGCAUUGAUGAUCGCAAGUAUACGCAAUGAUGAGGUAGUGGUUCAAGCCCUUCUGGAUGCUGGCUGCGAGCCAAACAUAGAAGUACCCGCAAUUGGAAAUCCCAACUACCCUGCCAUACACCCCGACACCCAGCACUGGACGGCAGUGACAUUUGCAGCGAGUCGAGGCAAUUAUGCCGCUCUGCGAGUCCUGUUGGAGCGCGGUGGUAAAGUAGAAGGAGGCGCCCGGCAAAGUGAAGACAAACAUACGUUGACACCGUUGCAGGUUGCAUGUGGAUCGGGUAACCUUGAGGUGGUGUCGCUUUUGUUACUACACGGAGCGAACGCCUUUCUCUCCACCCAGCAGAGGGACUCAAUGAGUUUUGCUGGGUCUGCCCAACGGGGAUGUUAUUGUGCAAUGUCAGUCGCAGCAGCCCAUGGUCAAAGGUCCGUGCUGAGGAAGCUUCUAUCGACGCCAAUUUCGCAGGGCUCAAAGGAUGUACUGUCUUUGGAGGAAAUGCUAGCUGAGGGCGAUUGUUCCAGUACCAGAGCCGGGCCCGUUGCCGAACGAUUGUCCAACAGCGAAAUUGCCACGGCCCUGAGCAAAACCCAAAUCAAAAGCCUCCAGGAAGCCAUGUACCACAGUGCAGAAAACAAUCAUUUGGAUAUCACCAUUGAGCUGAGAACACUGGGUGUUCCCUGGACACUGCAUUGUUGGAUGCACGCUCUGGCAGCGGCGCAUGAGUUACGCCUGGAGGGCGUGAUAGACCAGCUCCUGCAGGACUUUCUUCAAGUCUGUCCAGACGACUACAGUGUGCAAUUUGUAGGCGAGUGCCUGCCCCUGCUCUUCAAUAUAUUUCGUUAUAGUAAGAAUGAGGGCACAACCCUGCUGCUGGCCGACAUUUUUGCCACCUGCUAUGGCUGGCAACAGAUCAAACCGAUUAUGGAGCCCCCGUCACAGCCCAUCAACAGUUCCCGGAUUGACCCGAAAUUCGUAAACAAUCCCGAAUUGAGUGACGUUAUCUUCAGGGUCGAGGGCAAGCUGUUCUAUGGUCACAAAAUUGUGUUGGUCACGGCUUCCCCGCGGUUCCAGAGCAUGCUCAGCUCGAAAUUGAGCGAAAAUAGCACCCCGACGGUGCAGAUAAACGACAUCCGCUACCACAUUUUCCAGUUGGUGAUGCAAUACUUGUACAGUGGUGGCUGUACCAGCCUCGACGUCUUAAAAACCGACGUACUGGAGUUAAUGGCGGCAGCCAGUUUCUUUCAAUUGGAAGGUCUUCUACGCUACACCGAAUCGAGGUGUUCGGAAAUGAUAGACAUUGACAAUGUGGUUGCCAUGUACAUUCAUGCCAAGGUUUACAAUGCCAACAAACUGUUAGAAUUUUGUCAAGGGUUUCUAUUGCAGAACAUGGUGGCCCUGCUGACCUAUGACGAUUCUGUCAAGAGACUACUCUUCGCCAAGAAGAUUCCCAACCACGAUGUCCUGAUCGGACUGUUGCAGGCCCUGCAGCAACGCAUCAAAGAACGAAAAUCAAUGGGUCCGUGCAACUUUCGCCAACAACUCAGUUCGCCGUCGGUUUCGGCCACAUCAGCCUCGGCAGCAGGCGCAACAAAAUGAGCAACUCCAGCCGGUCGAACUUCCUAAAAGACUCUGUUGAACAGUUUUAGUUA